GAAGCUGCAGCCAUGAGGCAAAGGCAGCUAGCUCUCUCGGCGUUCCUGGCGGUGCUGGCGGCGGCCGUCGCUACAACGGGCGCGGUGAACCCUGACCACCCCCUCCUGCGGAACAAGCGUGCCCUGCGACUCAACGUGCCCUGUAUCGCCAACGGGCAGUUCUACAGGAACCCCAACACAGAUCCUGAGAAAGUGCGGAACCUUAGCGAGUGUGCUAAGUACUACCUCUGUCUCGAUGGCGAAGUGUACGAAUUCAAGUGCUCUGUCGGCCUGCUGUUCGACAUCGACCGCCAGAUCUGUGAUUUCAAGUCCAAAGUGUUCAACUGCGGCACCCACAUCCAGCUAACCACCCCGAAGCCUCUGUUGGACACCGACGAGCCCAUCUGCGGCUACGGCGAGUACGCGUGCGCCGACAAGACCUGCCUGCCGUCGGAGCUCUUCUGCGACGGACAAGUGGACUGCUACGACGGCUCUGACGAAGGAUGGUGCGACGCCGAGAACGACCCCAACGCCGCCCCCCGCUGCGACUACAAGAACUGCACGCUGCCCUGGUGCUUCUGCUCCCGUGACGGAACGCUCAUCCCUGGGAACAUGGACCCCCUCCAGGUCCCCCAGGUCAUCUCCAUCACCUUCGACGACGCCGUCAACUACGAGAACUGGGAAAUCUACAACCAGCUGUUCACCGACUCGAGGACCAACCCCAACGGCUGCCCCAUCCACGCCACUUUCUACGUCUCGCACGAGUACACGAACUACCAGUACGUCCAGAAGCUGUGGAACGAUGGACACGAGAUCGCUGUCCACUCGAUCACCCACAAAGGCCCCGAGAGCUUCUGGAGCAACAACGCGACCAUCGAGGACUGGUUCGACGAGUUCGUUGGCCAAGCGAACAUCAUCAACCGAUUCGGAGGCGUCAGGAUGGAGGACCUAUGGGGUGUCCGCGUGCCGUACCUCCGAGUGGGCUGGAAUCGCCAGUUCAUUAUGAUGCGCGAGUUUGGCUUCGUGUACGACUCGUCCAUGGCGGCGCCCUUCUCCAACCCGCCCAUCUGGCCCUACACCCUGGACUACAAGAUGCCGCACAAGUGUCUGGGUACUGGUCAGAAGUGCCCAUCGAGGCCCUUCCCUGGCAUCUGGGAGCUUGUGCUGAACCAGCUGCAGACAGGGGAAUACACCUGUGCCAUGAUGGACCAGUGCCCGCCCCUGCCCGACGACGAGGAAGUCUACGAAAUGCUGAUGCACAAUUUCAAGCGCCAUUACAACAGCAACAGGGCACCUCUAGGCCUAUAUUUCCACACCAUCUGGUUUAAGGUCAAGCACAACAUGAAGGGAAUGCAGAGAUUCCUGGACGAGGUGAUGAAACUCCCGGAUGUGUGGGUUGUUAACAAUCAAGAGCUCAUUCAGUGGAUGCGCGAACCCGUUCCGAACGCGCAGCUCAACUCGUUCGAACCCUGGAAGUGCUCGAAGACAGUUCCCCAGGAAGACCAGGCUUGCAACAUCCCCAAGUCCUGCAAGCUGAGGAACCGCGCCGUCCGUGGCGAUAGGUACCUGCACACCUGCUACGAGUGCCCGGACAUGUACCCUUGGCUCAAGAACGAGUUCGGCGUCGACCUCUAAGAGGGAAAAGAGCCAGGGAGAUCUGCUUUUUUUUUUAGAGGGAGGAGAGACUGUAGUAGUGUGGCGAGGAAGGGCGUUUUCCAUGAAUAUUGUGAAUAUUGAGACAGCUUGUCAUUAAAACGGUAAAACACGGAACACACACACACACACACACACACACACACACAACACACACACACACACACACACACACACACACACACACACACACACACACACACACACAGAGCAAACGCGCACACGAAUACACAAACUGUCCAUAGGAAUGAGUUGCAUGCAUAGACGGUGUUUGGCAAUCAUUUUGACUUCAGAUGUGCUCAUAUAAAGUGCCGCCGGCGACUACUUCUGCGCGUGACUGGGUCUGUAAACACGCAUUGCAUAUGGCCGUCCCUGCUUUGUGUCUUUUGUAUUUGGUUGUCUGUCCAAAGAUACGAGAUUCGACUAGUCACACGCCUGUAUGUGUUUUUUUCUUUUUUCUUUGUUUCUGUCUCUUGAUUUCGGAUUGUUGUUCUGUCUAUCUUGUGUUGUUAUUGUUUAUUAUAGUUUAUUUAUACGUUUCUUGUAAAUACUUUUGAAUGUUUUACAUUAAAAAUGUGCAAUAUAUCGUGACUGUUCUUUUUCUCGCAUGAAACUUCCUUUAAAUCACAAAUUGUUAAAAAAUGUUUCGGUACUACAAAAACAGUUUAAAUGGUAGUUAUAUUAACAUUAUGUUAAUGCAACAGUAAAAGAAAAAUGAAUGCGAUAGUCAACUGAAGUUCCAUCGAAUACUGUUGCUUACAUAAUGUAUAGCAACAGCUUCCAAAAUUCUAAAAGGAAUAAGUAAUUUCAAUAAAUCGAGAACCGAACCAGCACAAAUACAUUCUUCAGCAGAGAAAACCCUAAUUAUUUACCAGUUGAACCACAAAAUUGAGAAAUUGCGUUCAUCUGUAAUUCAUAAUGCAGUUUGUGGCCGCUGCGAGCAAGGUCUAUCUAAGUAUAUUAUAUAGACCUUGGCUGCGAGGACGUAAGAGUACUUUAGACCUUAACUAUUAGACGACAUCGUAGCCUUUGCGCUGAUAAUAAUGACAGAAUAUUCCUUGGCUCAAAUCUUACCAUUUUCCCUUCACAUUUCUUGUGCUUGUUUUUUUAACUUCUUGUAUUUUCUUGUGAGUUGAAUAUAUACACCUUUUAGAACCUUUUUUCUUUCUUUUGGAAUCUUUAAAUGUAAUUGUAUCUCUUUCUCAAAAGCUAUUUUACAUAGUAAGUAGUUUUCCAAGGAAUGAUAAUGGCACAUGUAUUAUGUAUAUUUAACUGUCGUGUUGACAGGUUUCUUGAUAUAUUUUGUAUAGUUUUUAUCUGAAGAAUCAAAAUACCAAAAUUUUUA